AUGGAUGACGAGCUCGAUACAUCGAAAAUCAAAAGUUGGCGAUCAAUAAUCACCCUAAUCACCUUUGUUACAACUAAUGUUGUUGUCCUUUUCCCAUUUCAUAUUCCUAUAUACCUGCCCCAAUGGCUUAUAAACGGGGGUUGGGACCUAUUGAGUGCCAUGCGCAUAACUCCUCAUCGGACGCGCCCCCAAUACAAUGAAAACCAGCCCACUUUCGUGAAAUUUCGCUUUCCAUUGAACUUGAUCACGGCACCUUUAAUCGCAGAUCUUUUCCUUCUCGCUAUCUUGGCCAUUGGCCGAAAAGAGGUACAUGAUGGAAUAGUCGGGGCAGACAACAUUAAUCCCAUUGACAUCAUGGUCUUCUUCCUCACUCUCGCUUACAUCGCCAUCUCGAUUGACGUGUCUGGCCUCAUCAAAUACCUGGCUUUGAAAGUUCUCCAAAAGGCAGGGAAGGCCGGCCAUCGACUAUUUUUCUACAUGUUCGCCUUCUUUUUUGUGUUAGGCAGCUUCGUCGGAAACGACCCGAUUAUUCUGUCGGGCACACCAUUCCUUGCAUACAUGAUCCGUGUUUCAAGCAAUAUCAUCCACCCCAGAGCAUGGAUCCACAGCCAGUUUGCCAUAGCCAACAUCGCCUCCGCGAUACUUGUCUCAUCCAACCCGACCAAUUUGGUCCUUGCUGGCGCCUUCAGGAUCAAGUUCAUUGUCUACACAGCCAAUAUGAUCGUUCCCGUAGUUGUGACAGCCGCCGUCAUUUUCCCGUUCCUGUUAUAUGUCGUUUUCGCCGACGAAUCCCUUGUCCCUCGCUGCAUAACAAUGCACGAGUUGUCCGAGGAAGCCAAAGCCAAACCACCUGUAAACCCCAAUAUUCCUCAUGCCAGACGAACUGCAGAAGAGGCGGAGAAAACCGGCGGCGACCAAGGAGACCAACUCGAGUUAGAGGAGAUCAUGAACCCUUUCUUGGACAAAAGGGGUGCUCUCUUGGGGGCUCUCAUUAUGGCCGCCACGCUAAUCACCGUCCUAGCAAUCAAUGCAUCAGCUCAAACAGGCGGAGAGCACCCCGUCUUUUGGGUCACGUUGCCCGCUGCUUUCUUAACGCUUUGCUGUGAUGGUUGGCCCCAUCGCAACGAAACCAAGGAGGCUGCCGCGAAGGGUAGGCAAGCAGACCGGAAGGCACAGGUUGAGCAAGGGAUCUACAAACAGGAGGAACAUAAAACCUUACGAGAGAGAAUAGAUCGAGAGGCACUGGGAUUGGACCAGUCUGAGCAAUGUGGUGCAUCGGGCUUGCGCCGCCGCAGUGAGCACAUUUCUGACGAUAUCUCGCUCGGGACUGAAGAUAUUGCGCUGAAUGAUCUUUGUCCAGAAAAUGAUACUUCUCUGUCAACCUCUGUCCUCGCUGACAAGGGGAGUCUUGCGGAGCUACGGCCACCAUGCAUUGAGAUGGUGGACAGCACACAACAAACUCACACACCUUCCCGCGAAGCAUCCAAGCCAAGAGAAAUCAGCGGCAUAACGACAAAUGAGGAGAAGGGGAGAUAUGCAUAUCAUCAGGACAAGAGCCCACGCACGUUGGUUUCACUCUUGGCUGACCUCUCCCGCUGGUUACAGGAAAAAUUUCCCACUGUGGCGGUCAUAGCAUCGAACAUGCCCUUUGCUCUGGUACCCUUCGCUUUUGCGAUGUUUAUCCUGGUACAGGCACUUGUGACCAAGGGCUGGGUGCCAGUUUUCGCGCAUGGGUGGGACCAGUGGGUAGAAAGGACCGGGACAGUAGGCAGCAUAGGUGGAAUGGGAUUUUUAUCUGUGAUUCUGUGCAAUUUUGCCGGGACAAACAUCGGUACCGCGAUUCUCCUCUCGCGCGUUAUCCAAGCGUGGCAAAAGCUCCAUGAAGUCAGUGGAAUUCCCAUCAGCGAUCGCACAUGGUGGGCCACUGUCUACAGUAUGGCUCUAGGAGUCAAUUAUGGUGCAUUCAGCACUGCGUUCAGUGGCUCACUGGCUGGGCUGCUGUGGCGGGAUAUCUUGGCUAAAAAGCAUAUCCAUGUCGGCAAUCGUGAAUUUGCCCAGGUGAACUUUUCCAUCAUUGCUGUCUCUAUGCUGGUUGGAUGUGCAGUUCUUAUUGGAGAAGUAUAUAUUGUCAGAAGUGAUAAGCCGUACGUCCCGGCUUGA